CAACCCCCGCCCGCCGCCCAGAAAGAUGGCGAGCCCGUGCGGGCGGCAGCAGUGCUCCAUCGAGAGGCGCGGCGUCCGCCACCAGUCGAUUCGUGGCGACACAAGCUCAUUCACUGUAUCCAGUUUCUGAUCCUACUUCCACAUUUGGGAGUAUGCAAGGGACAAACACAUCUCUUUGCGUAGCUUGACUGGAUAUCCCAAGACUAGGAUGUAAAUAUCAUCUGCCAAAUGGAAAAGGACAGUCGGUGGGAAAAGAAAUGUUCUUUUCAAGCUUCUAAGAGCAGUGACAAUGGAGAGAAAAAAUACUAUAAAAAGUCAGGUUGGUCGGCCCUUUACCACUGUUCCUGCCACUUCCUGAAGCCUGAAAUUGGCUUUUUUUGGAGGCAGUGCUACUUCUCUGCCUGACAAGGGUUUGAAAGUAUUCUAGAAGGCCUCUUUGGACCUGGAUUAUUAAAAGAUCUCAGUUUGUUUAAAGACUGUGAGCCUGAAGGUGUUUCUGAUUGGUCUUUUGAUGAAAAUUGUCUUUUCUGCUGCCUGAGAAGAGAAAAAGUGAAGGAACACUUAGUCAGUCUGGAUGAGCCAGCCUCGGAAGCUGGACAAGAAGCUCUGCUUAGACAAGAGCAAGCAAAAAUCAUUCGUUUUGAAAGGCAAGCAGAAGAGUUCCUCAAUGCAGUCUUUUACAGAAAAGACAGUCCAAGGGUCUCUGACCCAAAUAUUCCCCUAGUGGCCCGUGAGAUCAUGCAGCGAAUGAUCCGACAGUUUGCUGCUGAAUAUACCUCAAAAAAUAGCUCUACUCAGGACUCCAGCCAGCCCAAUAGCACAAAGAACCAAAGCCUGCUGAAAGCAUCUCUGGUCGCCUCCUCUCCCACGGCUGCAACUGCUCAGAACCCUGUGCUCAGCAAACUUCUCAUGGCUGACCAAGACUCACCUCUGGACCUUACUGUCAGAAAGUCUCAGUCAGAACCUAGUGAACAAGAAGGUGUUCUUGAUUUAUCCACUAAGAAGAGUCCUUGUGCUGGCAGCACUUCUCUGAGUCAUUCUCCAGGGUGUUCCAGUACUCCAGGAAAUGGGCGACCUGGGAGACCCAGCCAGCACCAUCCAGAGGGACUACAGAGUGGUGAUGGGGUACCUCCAAGAAGCUUGCAGGAUGGAACCAGGGAAGGUUAUGGCCACUCCACAUCUCUUAAAGUACCACUGGCUCGAUCACUCCAGAUUAGUGAAGAACUGCUGAGCAGAAACCAGUUUUCUACAGCUGCCAGCCAUGGGCCAUCUGGACUACAGAAUCAUGGACAGCACUUAAUAUUAUCCAGGGAGGCUUCUUGGGCAAAACCACACUACGAAUUCAAUUUCAGCCGCAUGAAAUUCAGGGGAAAUGGUGCACUCAGCAACAUCAGUGACCUUCCUUUUCUUACAGAAAACUCUGCCUUUCAAAAAAUGGCACUUCAAACUAAGCAGGAUGGGAAAAAGGACGUGAGCCAUUCGUCUCCUGUGGAUUUAAAGAUACCACAAGUUCGAGGCAUGGACCUUUCAUGGGAGUCCCGCACUGGUGACCAGUACAGCUAUAGCUCUUUGGUAAUGGGUUCACAAACGGAGAGCGCGCUUAGCAAAAAGUUAAGGGCUAUCCUUCCAAAACAAAACAGGAGAAGUUUGCUGGAUGCUGGACCAGAUUCCUGGGGCUCAGAUGCUGAGCAGUCUACCUCUGGACAGCCAUAUCCCACCUCAGAUCAAGAGGGAGAUCCUGGCUCCAAGCAACCUAGGAAGAAAAGAGGGAGAUACAGACAGUACAACAGUGAGAUACUGGAGGAAGCAAUCUCCGUGGUUAUGAGUGGGAAAAUGAGUGUUUCCAAAGCUCAGAGUAUUUAUGGGAUUCCCCACAGUACACUGGAGUACAAAGUUAAAGAGAGGCUGGGCACUUUGAAAAACCCUCCAAAGAAAAAAAUGAAAUUAAUGAGGUCGGAGGGGCAGGAUGUUUCAGUAAAGAUUGAAUUAGAUCCCCAGGGAGAAGCAGCACAAAGUGCGAAUGAAUUGAAAGAUGAGUAGGGAUGUUGUAGAGUGCCAAUUACUUUGCAAACUGGGUGAGCACUACUGCAUAGUUCAACCACCACUGAGCACACCUGAUUCUCCCAUUUACUGCAAUGAUCUUUUGUUGCAGUUUAGUACAGACUUGUGUGGACACAGGUGAAAGGUGUGCUCUGAAUGUCACAUCUGUAAAUUUUUCUAGCCUGGUAUGGUGCAGUUUCCCUC